AUGGCAGCCGGCGUGGCAACAUGGCUGCCAUUUGCACGGGCGGCAGCCGUGGGCUGGCUGCCCCUGGCCAAGAAGACCAUGCCCAAACCACCUGUGGACAACUCGUCCAGAUCGGACGAAAUCCUCUAUGUCAAUGUCAGCGGGGUACGCUUUCAGACAUGGAAGAACACACUGGACCGUUAUCCCGACACCCUGCUAGGCUCCUCGGAAAAGGAGUUUUUCUACAACGACGACACUCAGGAGUACUUCUUCGACAGGGACCCCGAAAUGUUCCGCCACAUCCUCAACUUUUAUCGCACCGGGAAGCUGCACUAUCCACGACACGAGUGCAUCCAGGCCUUCGACGAGGAGUUGGCCUUUUACGGCAUCGUGCCGGAAAUCAUCGGCGACUGCUGCAUGGAGGAAUAUCGAGACCGGAAAAAAGAGAACCAGGAGCGCCUGGCUGAGGACACGGAAGCUAACGAAGCAAUGGACGCACCCUUGCCCCCACACAGUACCCCCAGAGAGCGCUUGUGGCGAGCCUUCGAGAAUCCGCACACAUCCACCAUGGCGCUGGUCUUCUACUAUGUAACAGGCUUCUUCAUCGCCGUGUCGGUUAUUGCCAACGUUGUAGAAACAGUCCCCUGCCGGCCCCCCAAGGGGAAAGUCAAGGACCUCCCUUGCGGUGAGAAGUACCAACUGGCCUUCUUCUGCAUGGACACAGCUUGCGUGCUCAUCUUCACCUUCGAAUAUCUGAUGCGUCUGUUCGCCGCGCCCAGUCGCUGCAAGUUCAUGCGCUCAGUCAUGUCGGUCAUUGACGUGGUGGCCAUCAUGCCCUACUACAUUGGACUGGUCAUGCCCGAGAAUGAGGACGUGAGCGGCGCCUUUGUGACGCUGAGGGUCUUCCGCGUCUUCCGGAUCUUCAAGUUCUCGCGACACUCGCAAGGUCUGAGGAUUUUGGGCUACACACUCAAGAGCUGCGCUUCGGAGCUGGGCUUCCUGCUCUUCUCGCUCACCAUGGCCAUCAUCAUCUUCGCUACCGUUAUGUUCUAUGCUGAGAAGGGGACCAAAGGCUCCACCUUCACAUCCAUCCCGGCCUCCUUUUGGUACACCAUUGUCACCAUGACCACACUGGGGUACGGCGACAUGGUUCCCAACACAAUUGCCGGGAAGAUUUUCGGAUCCAUCUGCUCGCUGAGUGGCGUGCUGGUCAUCGCCCUCCCCGUGCCAGUCAUUGUGUCCAACUUCAGUCGGAUCUACCAUCAGAACCAGCGUGCAGACAAGAUGCGAGCGCAGCAGAAAGUGCGUUUAGCCCGAAUCCGUAUGGCGAAGAAAGGAACUACUAAUGCCUUCCUACAGUACAAAGAAGACCGAGCCCUUGGGGACCGGGACAGUGACAGCAGCGCUCUAUGCGUAAGGAACAAGUCAGCAUUCGAGCAUCAACAUCAUCACCUUCUUCACUGUUUGGAGAAGACUACGAACCAUGAGUUCACGGACGAACUGAACUACAGCGAGCUGUGCAUCACCGAAUCGGUUGGCUUCCGGACUAGCCGCAGCACCUCCCUGUCCAGCCAACAGGGGGCACCCAACCACUCCACAGGCUGCUGCCCUCGCCGCGUCCGGAGAAGAGCGGCCAUGAGGCUGGCCAACUCCACCGUGUCCGUGAGCCGCGGCAGUGUGCAGGAGCUGGACACGCUCCAUGGAAAGGGAACGCCUGGCCCACCCCAGACUCGUUCCAGCCUCAACGCUCAGAUCAACCUCAAGCUGAACUGCGGCGAGCAAGACUUCAGCGCUGCCAUCAUUAGCAUCCCCACGCCCCCCGCAAACACGCCAGAUGAGAGCCUGCCCCCCUCGCCUGCCGCCAUCCCAGGGGGAAUCCUGCGCAACACGCGCGCCACCGCCUACACCUCUGACACCAUCAAGAUCUCGUCCUUGUAA